GUGUCGGUCUGUAAGUUUAGAGAACGGCUCGAGGAAUGUCAAAACGUUGAAUCAAAUCGCGACGGUUUCGGCACACAAUGUUCCUCAAAAUGCUCCAGUCGAUCGCCCCUGACGGAAUGAAGAGGGAGUUAAUAUGGCUGUCCACAAUUUAUCUGUCAGUGUAGUAAGCUCGCCUUGUGCUGCCGACACGACGCGCAUAACAACCCAUUUAGUUCCCAUCAUUUCAGAGCUUCUUGUCCCCUCCCCUCCAGACACAGACAACAACAUACACCUUAAUAGGGGCGCGUCUCCGACACAGCCGCCGACCAAUAACCCGUCUGUCUGGGCAGAGACCAAGGGGAUGAGCGCUCGCCGAGGCCCAAUCAGCGCUUUUGUGUUGCCUGCCGGUGCCGGGGACUGGUCGUGAAGAGCAACAGCAGCGCUUCAGGAUCGGAGAGUGAACCCGGAGCCAGAGGAACCUGAAGGGUAAAGGCGAGUCAGGAUGGAGCGGAUGUCUGAGGAGGCGUUGAGGCUGAACCUGCUGAAGCGGGGUCUGGAGGCGCCUGAUGAGCGGGACGAGGCCAUUGCCAAGCGCCUAAAGAUGGAGGGUCACGAGGCCAUGGAGAGGCUGAAGAUGCUUGCCCUGCUCAAACGCAAGGAUCUGGCUGCCUUAGAGGGGGCGGCGGUGGCAGCGGCCAUGGCGGAGGGCAAAGGCCCUGGAGGCAGUCAGGGGCUUAUGGGAGCUGUGGCCUAUGAGGAGAAAAUGAACGGAAGCUUGAGAGUGGGUGGCCACGGUGGCCCGAGUAAAAAUGGGAAGGAAAACAUAGUGGAUGAACCAGUGGACAUGAGUGCUAGAAGAAGUGACGUGGUUCGAGAGAGACGCACUCCAUCGCCAGACGUAAUCAUUUUAUCAGACAACGAGGCGUCCAGCCCCAGGAGCACGCCACACCCCGAGGAAAAACGGCAUCACGCCAACCUGGAGAUGUUCAAGGGGAAGACCGGCGAGGAACGGCAGCAGAUGAUCAAAGCUCUCCGAGAAGAGCUCAGGUUGGAGGAGGCCAAGCUGGUCCUUCUCAAGAAACUAAGACAGAGCCAGAUGCAGAAAGAGAAUGUGGUGCAGAAGGUCCCAGUUGUCCAGAAUGCACCAUCUUCGGUGCAGCCGUCACCCAUGCACAGCUCUCAGGGGCUGGGCAAACUACCGGUUCGGCCAGGCAUGCACUCAUCUGAGCCUCAGAACCUACGCCAUGCACAGGGCCACACAGUAAUCAGGUCCGCUGCCAACGCAUCUUUGCCCCCCAUGAUGAUGUCGCAGCGGGUUAUUGCACCCAAUCCUGCCCAGCUUCAGGGUCAGAGAUUGCCCUCCAAACCUGGCAUGGGCCGCUCCUCCACAGGUGGCUUGGGCAAUACAUUGAGCUAUCAGCAGGCUGCCAGCCAGCAGGUGGGGGUCUCGCAGCGUUCAGGUUCCUCGGCUAUCUACAUGAAUCUGGCACACAUGCAGGCAGCGGGAGCAGCUGGCGUGGGGGUGAACGUGAGUGGGGUGGGUGCCGUCAGCCCAUCCACCUUAUCCAGCGCCUCAAGCGUCGCUUCUAUGAACGACCAGGCCAGCAGCCAAGCGGCAGCUAAACUGGCCUUGCGUAAGCAGCUGGAGAAGACCCUUCUGGAGAUACCACCACCAAAACCGCCCGCGCCCCUGCUGCACUUCCUGCCCUCUGCUGCCAACUCUGAGUUCAUCUACAUGGUGGGGUUGGAGGAGGUGGUUCAGAGCGUCAUUGAUAGUCAGGGUAAAAUGCGAGGGUCACUGCCACAAGUGGAGCCGUUCUUCUGUGCUCAGUGCAGGACUGACUUCACUCCACACUGGAAGCAGGAGAAGAGCGGCCGCAUCCUCUGCGAGCAGUGCAUGACUUCCAAUCAGAAGAAGGCCCUGAAGGCCGAGCACACCAACAGGCUGAAGAAUGCGUUUGUUAAAGCUCUGCAGCAAGAACAGGAAAUCGAGCAGAGGUUGCAGCAGCAGGCUGCUUUGUCUCCCAGUUCAGCUCAGACCGUGACUAGCGUGAGCAAAGGGGAGACCUUGAUCCGACACCAUGCCCUCAGACAGACUCCCCAGCCACAGGCCUCUCUACAGCGAAGUCUGUCCAGCUCGGCACGAGGUGUCCUCUCUAACUUCGCCCAGGCGUCUCAGCUCUCUGUGGCAAGUGGCUUGCUGGGUAUGACAAGCAAGCGCUGUGGAGGAAGCACCAGCAGUGGCAGCAGUCGGGGCCAGCAUGACAGCCACAGGCAGAUCUACAAUAUUCCUGGUCUGAAUAUUGCCUAUCUAAACCCGGGAGCCAUCGGGGGCCACAAGGCAUCCAGCCUAGCGGACCGCCAACGGGAGUAUCUGCUCGACAUGAUUCCCCCACGCUCCAUAUCCCAGUCCAUCUCCGGGCAAAAAUGAGCCCUGACAGGACUGCAGUUCCUUUCCUCGAACGCCCCGCCACCCCCUCCGUUCUACAUCAGAGCGCUCCCUAUCCACCGAAACACAUACACACACGCACACCUUCACCCCAUCGCAUGCAGUGCCUGUUCGUGUGCCUACCCGACUAACCCAUAAGAACAGCUCAAUCAGUCAGACUAUAAACACCAGACUGUCAGCGCAUCUCAAACUUCGGUUUCCUACUAUAGCAAAGCUCUUUAUUGUUAUCUCAACUUAUUAUUGCUGUUGUUAUUGCUACUCUUAUUAUUACACAGUUAUUAUUAUUAGUAUUAUUGUUGCUUCUGUUACAGUUAAUCUUAUUACACUUAUUAGUAGGUUUAGUGGAUUUUUGCAUCUUAUGUUUUUGCCCUUUUGCAUUUCAUUUCAGAGGAAGGACGCCAUAUUGCAGGGUCACUUACGAAUAUAAACCUUUUCGUUGUCGUCGUUCAUUUCGAAGCGUCCUCCUUCAGUCGCCCUGUAAAAUGACACGCGUUCUCUCUCACCCUCUAUCUUGAGUUUUGGUAUUGGAAUGGUUGAAGCGUUCUCACUUGAGAAAGACGAACCUUUGUAGCGUUACACACUUGAAACUACAAAGUCCUCCACCAAGAACCUUUUCUACGAAGAACCGAGGCCAUCGAUCAGAUUGAUCUUGAUGCAGACUGGUGCUGAUCUAGUCAAUGAUGGUUCUACCUUACGAAGGCCACACAGCAGCAAGCGAACACCCGGCUUGUGAGACUGAUGGUAGAUGAUGUACGGCAUACAAAGAAAAAAGAUUUGGAACGGGCGACACCAUUGAAAGGAGAAAAAACCGAAAGGCCUGGUACUGAGUCCCCAGCUGUUUGAAUGUACAGUGAGAAGUUGAAAUUGGAGACCCAUUACAGUGCUUAACACAUACGUGCGUGCCCACAGAGCGGGAUCUCCUAUGUCUCUCAAAACCUACACUUUUAAAGAAUGCAGUGUUGUCGCUUCUUUUGUGGCGAUGUCGAUUCGCUGCGCAGCAAAGAAUGAAGCUUGAGAGUUCCAUCACUAUGAACAAUGUCUCCUUUUGAUUUUUGUUUCUGUUAGGGUGUAAUUGUUUAUUUUGUUAUUAUCUUCUUGUCUUUAUUUCUUUUUGGGCGGCGUCUCCACCUGAAAUGGUCUUGUAUCUGAAAGGUACUUGCCACAGGAGACGAUAAUCAUUGAAAUGGCAAAUGGGUGGAAUUGUUGGAAAAAUGGUUGAUGCAUAGAUUGUUCAAGUGAGUUUUAAUGGAAGGCAUUGACAAGGAUCAAUCAUCGUGUUGAAGCAAUGCACAUGAGAUGCCUCGAUAUGGAGGAGCACUUUUCUUCUUAAUAAUUGAGAAAUGGUUGAUAAAAAGGACAGGAAUGUUUCAAGUCACAGAAUGUCAAGAUAUGGAUGCCAUCAGAUGUCUCGGAGAGAGUUUGGAGAAAGACCUUUAUGUAUCUUUUCAUAAGAGACCUGCUUGUUGUCAUUUUGACCUUGAGUCAAAACAAAUGCAUUUUAAGUUGAUAGUUCAUAAAGGGUUUACUGGAGGCAGUCAGCUUUUAAACGGUGUCCUUGGUCACCAUGUAAGCAGUGUUUAGUCAAUAUGCAGUAUUAGUGAUCGAGCCGGUCUAUGCAGGAAGAUUAAAAAUUCUGAUUGGCUGAUCGGUCACAGUCUGAUUAUCUCGGUCAAAUUCAGUUACUAUCAAUGUCUGAGGGGGAGUGCUUUGUGUUCAGUAACUUCCGGUCGGCUGAUUUAAAAGGGAAGAUGAAGAGUCGGAAGGGUCUGAUCAUUGACAAGAGGUAUAGCACUUAACACAUUUUUUUUUUCAGACUAGGCAUGUUAGGUCUUUUUUGGAAUUCAGACUUCGAUGUCUGUGAUGCAGGUCACGCUUAAUGGCUUUGAAGAAGCUUUGAAUGUUUUCUAAAAGUGAUGAAAUAAUGGAAAUCCAUGCGCAGCAGUCAUGUGUAUAAUCACUGAUUCUUGCAGUUAGAUUUUUUUAUGGUGUCCAGUAAAAUGCCACUGAAUUGUGGCAGAAUGAUGCAACUUUUGAACAAAAUAAUUUUUAAGCUACCUUGGAUUGAAUUUGCAGGUGCAAUAUUAGAUGGUAGGAUGUUUACAUUAUUUUAUUUUUUUCCUAGUAAUGAUGAUGAAUCGGUCCCUUUGAGUCAUUCUGUUCAGUUUUAAUGACUCAUUUAAUUUUAAGUCCAGUUUUAUGAUCUGUAUUUUUUUCUUUUUAAAAUGAACAUUAGGGUGUUUAUAGUACACUCAUUUCUCUCUCCUGCUCUCUCUUGUAGACUAUAUUAGAUGCAUCCAUAUACCUGUGUUCAUAUUAACGAGAAAGUUGGAUUUUGAAGUUAAACUUCCUUUGAGUCCUCGAUUAAGUUCUGUUUUGUUUGGUUGUUUCAUUUCAGCUGUUUCUUAAAAAAAAGAAAAGAAAGAAAAAAGGAGAAAAAAAACAAAUUUAAUCAAAAAAUGUAUGAACAGAUGAUGACACGAUAUUUGCUAGGUCAGAAGUAAAAAUGACUUAUUGUACAUAUGCUUUUUUCUCCCUUGAAUUAAAAAUAAUGAAAUGAAAUUAAAAUGGUUGUAUAUUGUGUAGAAAAGCAAACAAAAAGCCAUGAAUAUUGUGAAGCUUGUCAUUUCGUUUUGUGAUCACUGUGUAUUAUUGUGUAACAAAUGUGCAAAAUGUAUGGGAUUAUACUUCUCUUGUUUUUGAAUGAGCUCUUUAGAUGCAUUUUCUCCCCGGCUGUAUGUUUUUGUAGUAUGUAGUAUUUGCAGAAGAAAAAAGUUCAUUGUUCUGGUGGAGCGUUUGAUCCAUUCUGUAGUCUCUGGACUGGGACAUGAUGGGACAGUCUCGUAUGUUACUUUUUUGGUUACCUCUCUCUUUUUUUAUUUCAAACAUUGAAGUUAUGUAAAUGUUCGGCGAGUUCCUUUCUCGUAAGACGUCCCGUGCAAAGUGUUGGUCUUGCAGGACAUAGACUGGAUGAAACAUCUGACAGUAUUACCCCUCACUUGACCAAAUCCAAAGCGAUUCUGUAAAAUCAAAGCACUCUAACGCUCAAUAAUAAUGUCGCAUUUCGCUAAAGUACUGGGUUCAGUAAACCCUACAGGGAGGAUCUUGUAAAUUUGUGUUUUCUACUGCUUACAGUACAAACUUUCCUUAAUAUAUCCCUGUUUCUCUCUCGCUCUCUUUCUUGGGAAAAAUCACAAUGCUCUUGUUUUUGUCAUGGAAGAUUGUAUACAUUGUAUACGAUGAAAAAAAAAGUUUUUGUUUGUUUUUGACUGUUCCAAUGCUUAUUGCCUUCAGCCUUUAAAUCAUAAGACAAAAAACAAUGGAAAAUUUGCACACAUGCAAGUAUUGAUUCUAAGGUUUGUGACAUUAGAUAUACUUUAAGUUUUAUGUCAUGGAUUCGCUGUCAUAAUUCUCUGACUGGACAAUCAGCUUUUCUGGAAUUCUAGCGCUGGGGUUUACUUCACUCUGCCAUGUGAUUUUCUCUCUUUGCUGCUUUCUUUUUGGAUGAUAUUUUCUCUAUUUGUUGCAAGUACAGGUCAUUUUUGUAGAAGCGGGAGAGAGUUUUGGCUCAUUGCUUCUUUUUGUUUUUCUCAAUUUCAUCUGAACAGAUAUUUUUAAACAGACUUUAGCUGCAGUUUACCCAGUUUGAAUUUUGAAGCAAAUGGCAAUAUGUUGAAAUCCGUUUGUAAAAAAAAGACUAUGAUUAAUGUGUACAGUUUAAAAAAAUGAAGUAUUGGAAAUUGGCCUGAACAAUUAUUGAUUUUAGUCAAGGAAAAUAAGUGCUUUUUGUCAAGUUUUUAUUUUCAUUUAGAACAUUAAUCCAGACCUUUUGCACAUCCUUGAUAUUUAACUGUCUAAAAUGGAGAUGAAAAAAUGCUGUUUGAUUACUGCCGGUUGAUUAACAACAAUUAUGCAUUGACUGAAAAAAAUAAGCUAAUUUUGGAGGAAAUAACUUUGUAAUAUUUAUCACUUGCAAGCUAUGUUUAAUAAAGGAUGGAACAGUUUA